AUGUACGCGAGGAUAGUGGUGUUUCUGGUGUGUUGUUCGAUGGUGAACGCUGGAACUGGGUUCUUCAGCUUCAAGAGCCUGAAGUCGUACGCGAGGAUCUUCAAUGUGGAUGGUAUGUUGAAGAACGAGACCGGGAACGAACUGUGGAACGGGCUGUUCAGGGACUGCGAUCAGUCUGUCACGUUCUCGUGUAUACAGAAGAACGCUUAUUCGUAUUUGGACAAUGUUUUCGUGGAUCGGGAGAAUAUCACCGUGUUCGACGGUCUGACGUUGAAGAGGAACAGUUUGGAUUACGGGACCUGCCGCAGGAAGGCGGACCAGGAUUCGUCGGACGAGAAUCUGGUCGAAGAGUCGGGCAAGGAUCGAUGUAACGAGAACAGUGAAGAGGAAGAAGGGAGAGGGAUGGAGGACGAACAGUCACCCUUGGAGGAAGUGACAAACGCUGUAGGGAAGAAGGCGGUGAAAUUCCUGGCGACCAGGGACUACGAAAUCCAACUGCCUGAAUUCUUCUUCGAGGGUGCAGCAGUGAAAAUUAGCCCCAAAGAGGUCGACGAGAAUGGCGCCCUUGUCAGGAUAGAUUUCGGUCAGCGUGGGUUGGAGAGUCAAGGCAGAAUAUUCAAGAAAAUAAGGAAGUUCAUACAGAACAAACUGCUGACAAGCUUCCUAGCAUUGCUGCUAAUUAUCAAGCUGAUCAAACUCAAGUUUAUGUUCAUCAUUCCGUUCCUCUUCGGGAUUGGUACAGCGAAGAAGCUUUUCCUGAAGCUGUUGCUCUUCUUCAUACCCGCCUUCGCGCACGUCUUCAAGCUCUGCUCUAGCUACUAUUCCGCCCACUCCACGAAGUUCCACCAUCAUCAUCAUCAGGUCGCCCACCAUCAUCAUCACGUACCAGUCCCAGUCCCUAUCCCGACCUACUACAACAACCACCAUCAUCACCAUCACGAGGACGAGGAUCUGGACACCUACGAUUACGCUCAUCCCCAUAUCCAAUACAGAAAAGACAUCGAGGAGCUAAAGGAAUGGGGUAUAGAGCCCUACGAGGAACCAGAUGACCCAACCGUGCCCAUUGGCGCCGGCACAGUUCCCAUUCGUACUCCGCCAGGUGUGCUACCAGCACCGUUUCCAGGACAGGCCUAUCCAGCAGCCUAUGGCGUUCCACAAUACGCGCCGAACGCUCAACCGAUUCAACCCACGUUCCCUGAAAAACGACCUCUAUCCGCGCACAACUUGGCCUACUCUGCCUACGUCGACAACAAUCGUCGACCACUGCUGCAACCAUCCAGCCCCACCGUCAACAAUCAUCCCAUAGUCAACGUUCCUAUGAACCCUAACAGCUUGAAUGCACCAACGUUACCGAUCACGAGCAACGUCAAAAGUCCGUACGGUGUUUUCGCCCAGAACACAAGACAAAUUUCCGCGAAGGCCGGCCAAGCAGAGGCGAAACCAGUGACGACCCAACGACAGUCCCACGAGGACGAGUAUUACGGGCCGAUCGUGAACAGGCUCGAGGAGAUCUUCAAGCAACUGAGAUUCUUCGAGGAACCGUGCCGCGAGAGGCUCGUAUGCAGCAUGUACAAGAACCCGACCGUCUACUCGCCACACAGCAAUCUCGUUUCGAACGAACUCUCCAGGGACCCGCAGGAACUGAAAAAAGCUGGGACCGAGAGCUCGUCCAGUCAGAAGUUUCACAGAUACCUGAACGCUGCCAGAUUGGGUCAAGACGGUGGUGAUUGCUUGAGAAUGUACCCGUGUCACAUAAACACCGAAUAA